AUGGAUGAACUAAUGAAUGGAUGAUUUAUUGAUGGAUGUGCAUCUUUCAUAUAAAAUCCAAUAUUAAAAGCGUCUGGUCUGGGUAAAUUUACUGUUACUGUAAAUCUAAAUAUUUAUUACCUGUUAUAAAUUAUUGGUAAUAAUUUAACCCGAGAGCCUCCAGUGGUCCGGAUGUGCGGCUCUUUAAAAAACAACAUGAGAAUUGAUCUGGAUGAAGCAACGUCUAUCCGAAACCAAACACAUGCAUCUCUGCAUCCUCUGGCUUGUGUCUCUCUAUUAUUUUGUUGUUAAACCCCCUUUAGCAAUAGGUUGUGUGUCUCAAAUAAAUACUUUAUUUUGUGCAAAAUACUCAUAUAGUUAAAAAAGCCAACAUCAUGUACGUCAUUUGACACUGCAGAAGUGUUUGCAUGAUCAUUUUCCAGUGAAUAUUAAGAAUUUUUGAGCGAUUAACAAGCUUCUUGGCAUUUACCAUGUGACUGAGGGUGGUGUACUUGUUAAGUCCCCCUGCUUUCCAUGUGGUUUAACACAAUGCAAAUAAAUGUUUCUGUGUUUGUCACCUAAGGUCACAGACCAAAACCAGGUGAGAAACAACUUUUCGAAAGGGGCUAUAGUGCAUCCAUGCAACAUUUUAACAAUGCAGCUCUGCUUCUGACGCUCAGUGCUGAGGUAAUGUAUGCAGCACUUAGAAACAUGCUGCUGUUGCAUGUGUGCAUCAGUGCCGGUGUUCUGCUGUGCCUCCCUCAGUGUACCACAGGCGUUUGCACCGAUGGGACACCCAAACAGUGUCAGGAAGCAGAUACCGCCCCGGGAACCAAUCUGGCAGGCGAAGGCUUUGAUAUAACCACCAUGGAGCGUAAAGGAGCCUUCGUGCUCAACAUGGAUGCAUGGCGACGCAAGGAUAAAAAAUGCACCCUGUGCGUCAACCCCUUCAUGGAGAACAAGAAGCAGAAGCUGCCUCUGUCCGUGCUGGACUGGAGGGCCAUGCAGUCCUGCAACUCCCAGGUGUCGUCCAAGCUGCACAAAUCCAGCGAGUCUCUGGUCAGCUCCACUUCUUCUUCCGUUGAGAACAACUGGAAAGUAAGCUUAGAUUUUCAAGCUAUAAAAUCGAGUGCGUCGUUGAUGUUGGCUGGAACCAACUCCAAAGUAGCCGAUUACUCCAUGGAGAAAACAAAGAAUGACAAGUUCAGCUUCUCAAGCCUUAGCAUGUCCUGCGAGUACUACAGCUACCGAGUGUCGAACUCGCCCAGGCUGCACAGGGAAUUCAGCAAAGCGGUGAAACAGCUUCCUCGGGUGUACAGCUCUGAAAGCAAGGAACAGUUUUACAAACUCAUCGACACCUACGGCACCCAUUACAUCAGCAAGGUGAAGUUGGGUGGAGAUGUUCAGUCUGUCACCAGCAUUCGCCAAUGUCAGGCCAGCCUGGAGAACCUCAGUGCAGAGGAGGUGCAGAUGUGCCUGAUGGUGGAGGCGUCUGCAAGCUUCAGGGUCACGGUAAAAGCUGAAUCAAAACACUGCAAGAAGGACGUAGAGAAAUCACAGAGCAAGACGGCGUUCUCAAGUCUCUUCAGCGACAGGUUUACAGAAAUCAAAGGGGGCCAUACUACAGAGCCAGACCUCCUCUUCUCUGCUGAUAAAGACCCAUCGGCCUACAAGAAAUGGCUCGAUUCGAUUCCACAGAACCCUGAUAUAAUCUCGUAUUCCCUGGGCGCUCUGCAUGAACUCCUGCCUCCUAAAUCACCAACAUGGUCCAACCUGCGCUCAGCCAUCUCCCAUUACAUCCUGGAGAAAGGUCUGGUGGUCAACUGCACCGAGCGUUGUAGAAAAGAUUCGAGGGAUCAGUGCGUCUGCCAGUGCCAAAAUGAUGAAGCGGUGAACCAGGACUGCUGCCCGAAGAAGAGAGGCAUGGCCCGGUUGAUUGUAACCGCACAGAGGGCGACGGGUCUGUGGGGAGACUACUUCACAUCCACAGACGGCUUUGUGAAAAUCUUUUACAAUAAAAAAGAACACCGCUCACAAGUCAUCAACAAUAACAACAACCCAAACUGGAAUAUGGUGGUUGAUCUGGGUUCGCAAGAUCUGUCUGUAGAAAACAAAGUGAGAUUUGAAGUUUGGGACCAGGAUCAUGGCUGGGACGACGACCUCUUGGGAUCCUGCGAGCCGCUUCUGCAAAACGGCAUCAAGGUGGACGUCUGUAACAUGAACCACGGCCGGCUGUACUUCAAACUGGAAGUGAAAUGUGCUCCGAGUCUGACCGGCGCUUUAUGCACUGAGUAUCAGCCUACACCGAUGAAUCAGAGCCUGAAGAAGCUUUACGUGUCUCGUCACGCCCUUCCUAUUCCCAAAGCCAUGCUGCUGGAGAUGGGAGUGUUUCUGAACGAAUCCGUGUCUGCAAAGUUAACUUUUAGGAAAAACCAGAGUCUUACUGCUAAAAGGCAAACAUAUUAUCUUAAAUAAGGCAAAUGUUCAGCACUGCAAAAACACAAAAUUAUACCAACUACUUGUGGACAAGUUUCCAGUGCAAAUAUCUUCAUACACUUGAAAUAAGACAAAACUAACUUACAAGUAACUUUUCUGCAAGAUAUUGGAGCUUGUUUUAAGUCAAUAAUUCCUGAAAUGUCACCUAUUAUUCUUUCUUGAACAGGUUAGGAUAUCUCUAUGGACUACACAAAAUAUGUUCAUUAGAUUUUUUUGCACAAAAUCAUUCUUAGAUUUUAGUCUGCUCAGUUCAGAAUAAGCUGUUUCAUGGUCUCUUGUCACUUUAAAUCCAAAUAAGCUGCUGCUGGCCACUCCUCCAAACUCAACAUUUACACUCACACAUGAAAAUGGGUGCAAACAGAUGUGCAACCAUACAUUUUUAAAAAGCAGAAGUGGGGCCUCCUGCAAAACCAACAGAAAUGCAGCAAGUUGUUUCUGCGUGGUAAAUCAACAUCAAAACACUUGCCUUUUCCAACAGCCAAUGUACAGCACAUUCAGCAGUAAAAUCAGCUGCCCAACCAUGGAGGAGCUGAGCUCGGGUUGCUAGGUGACAGGUGGAAUUCUGCUGGGGUUGCUAGGUAACAGGCCUGGGUUUGUGAUUUGUGACGUUACUUUCCGGAGAUGUUUGAAAAGGCCCAUUUUCCAGACACAAUAAACAUUAACUCAUUGCAAAAAAAAACUUGCUGAGUGGCCUGAUCUUUUAAGAAGCAGCAAAGAACCAAAUGAAAGUACAAAAAAGUACAUCACGCAAUUUUUUGCAUAAUACGUCCAGUUUAAUAUUGAUGGAAAAAGUGCGAGCUCCACUGCCAGAUUAUUUCACUUAUUACAAGACAUUUUUCCCAUGUUAUGUGAAAUGAUCUGCCAGUGGA